AUGCCCGACCCAUCCAGCGCCCCCCGAAGAUUAUCGCUCGGUUACAUUCUCGGGUUCAGUGAUAAACCAUACAAAGAUCCGAAACUACCACCCCUACCACCGCGACCCAGAAGGCAGAGCCAGUUGGCUGAACUGGUCGCUUCCCCCGGAGGUUUGGUAGAGUGGACAGCAAGCGAUGGACGCAAGGGUAGACUUACGGGAAUGGGCAAGCCGCAGUUGACUGCCGCAAGUCUCGCCAAAGUCCCAUCUGGGAUCCAGCCACCAAAGGAGCAUUCGAAAAAAUCUACUUCCAAAAAGCUUGCUAGUAACGCCGAGAAUCAAUGGCCAACCGGUGGCUGGGAUAAUCUCGAGGUCACUGGUGGGUCCACAAAGUCGACUUCAAAGAAAGCACCUAGUCACAAGAACGAUGUCUGGGGUGGUGGUGGUUUCAAUGCCAGUGUUUCUAACAAAGGGUCCCAGAAGACAGCCAGCAACGUCGAAAAUCUCUGGGGCUCCGGAGACGAAAGGAACGCCGCAAAAGCGACUAAGCAGGCAACUGAGAGUGGAGAUUCGAAUGAAACGCCAGCUCCAAACAACACUGCUGCAGAAGAAGGCGAGGCAAAGAAGCCAGAUGAUACAAACACAUGGACUAAGGAGCAGGACAAUCAGCUACUGCAGAUGAAAACAGAGAAUACGCCUUGGAAAACCAUUGCUAGUAACCUCGGUAAGCCUGAGGGCCAGUGCAGAACAAGAUUCAAGAUAGUUAAACCAGUGGACUGGAAACCUGACAAUGCAACAAAUAACGCUGGUAAAGGGAAUGCAGGUCAGAAGGACGCAAGGCUUGACGAACAGAAGCAGAAACAGGGAACCAAGGACAAUAACAAAGACAGCAAUAAGGAAGAAGACAAGAAAGACUCUGAAGUUCCAGAUGUUUCCUGGGGUGGCACUUUUGGAGGAACGUUCGGUGAGACAAGUGACGACAAGCAGGGCGAGGCUGAGAAAGCCAAUGAUACAGGUACCUGGGAAACGGGUGAUCCUACAAAGACGGGCGACACCAGCGAUGCUAAAGACAGUAAAGAUGUCUGGAUCAAUACGGAUGGAGCCAGCGAUAGCAAGGACAAUGACCCUGUCGAUCUAUGGGGUGCAGCAGCCGCAGGUACCACCGCAGCAACCUGGGAUAAUACCAACCAGGAAACCAGCGCUGCCAUUGAAUCAGGCUGGGUCCCUAACGUCCAGCAGCCCCCGAGUCCAGCAAAACCCGCAUCAGCCCCCCGCUCUACCAAAGCACCAUCCGAGUCCCGUUCGCGCCGUAGCACGUCCAGCAAGUCCAAGCCCAGCACGACUCGUCCUGCUGAGAUCGAACUCGAGCCCGAUGACACCUUUUCAGCCAAUGACUUGCGCUUGAUCGCCCGCAUCCUGCAGCAGGACUGUUCCAUGGUGUGGAGUAGGCUUAGUUGGCGGUUUCGGGAUAAGACGGGUAGGACGCUGGAUCCUGAAGUGUUUGAGAAGAAGAUAACGGGGACUGUUGAGGCGGGUUGGAAAGGAGAGUGA